AAUGCCCAGGUCCCAGCACAGCAGGGAACACAAGAGGCAGGUGCAGAUCCCAGCAGGGGGAGCUCUCGGUAACAUGGCCCUGGUGAAGAGCGGCUGGUUAUGGAGGCAAAGCUGGGUACUGAAGCGCUGGAAGAAGCACUGGUUUGACCUGUGGUUGGACGGGAACUUUCUCUAUUACCCUGAUGAAAACCGCCGGACGGUAGAAGAUCGAAUCCCCAUGAAGUCCAACUGUGUGAAUGUGAGAGCCGGGCAGGAGUGCGGAGAUAUUCUGCCUCCGGACGGGAGCACCCAGGAUUCCCUGGUGACGGUGGAAUUAAGAGACCGCUCCAAGUUGCUGCUGUGCGCAGAGAGUGAUGACGAUGCAGUGGCAUGGAAGAUGGCGUUAAUGGACACACAGUUCUACCCGGUCUGUGUCUAUGACCCGUAUGAUGAUCAUUACCAGGCGGUUCCGUUCGAUGCCCACAAUGCAGCGUAUGUCAGUCAGGGUUACUAUGGGCGCGGUUACGCUCCCAGACUGGCCCAUCUCAUUGGCAGAGAGGACCCUUAUGGCUAUUCCUAUGGAGAACAGAUGGCGCUGGGAAUGCUUGCAGGGGCGGUAACAGGCUCCGCCCUCAGCUCCCUUGUCUGGCUGCCAUGUUGGUUCUGAUGACACAAGAGGAGCGGCCAAUGGUUGCCCAGAACCAACACCAGCAGGAUCUGCUUGUCUGUGACUAAUCCGGCUGGGAAAAUAAACCUGUUUAGUAAAAUGACUGUAGUGACUUAAUAUUAUUAACCUUGUUAGGAUAAAGCACCUGUCGCUAAACUAUAGCUCCCAGCAAUGCUUGGCGCCCCAGGAGGGGAGGGGCUAUUAGGUUGGAUAUCUAUGGGAGGAGCAGCACUAGGGCGGAGCUUCCCGGCCAUUACAUUUUGUUUAUUAUCCAAUAAAUGAUAUAUGUGCUGAGCUGUUCCAUAGUAUUGUGGAUUUAUUGCCCCCCCAGACAUUAUAUUGCCCCCCUGAUAUUAUAUUGCCCAACAAUUUGAAUGGGCUCUGCUUCCAGUGUUUAUGAAGCCUUUUCUGAUUCAUGUAUAUUUGCACAAAGAAUAUGAAAUAAAUGUAAUGGUUCUACCCGA